GGACCCGCCUUCCGCCUUCCGCCUUCCGGCGGGGGCUGCGGCUCCAGGUGGCAAUACCCACGCAUGGCGGUCGUGCGCGCCGGGGCGGCGGAGCUGGGCUUCGCGGAGGUGGCGCCGGCCUGGCGGCUGCGCAGCCAGCAGUUCCCCAGCAAGGUCGGCGGCCGGCCGGCGUGGCUGGGCGAGGCCGGGCUGCCCGGGCCCGCGGAGCUGGCGUGCUCGCUGUGCGGCCGCCCGCUGGCCUUCGUGCUGCAGCUGUACGCGCCCCUGCCGGGCCGCGCCGACGCCUUCCACCGCGGCCUGUUCCUCUUCUGCUGCCGCGCGCCGCCCUGCUGUGCGGGCCUUCGCGUUUUUAGAAAUCAGCUACCCAGGAAAAAUGACUUUUACUCCCAUGAGCCGCCUUCUGAGGAUCCUCCCCCAGAGACGGGCGAGUCCGUGCGCCUCCAGCUCCAGUCCGGGGCUCAGCUCUGCAGGGUGUGCGGCUGUCUCGGCCCCAAGACGUGCUCGCGAUGUCGCCAGGCGCAUUACUGCAGUAAGGACCACCAGGCUGUGGACUGGAGGUGCGGGCAUAAGCAGGCGUGUAGACAGGCAGGUAAUGUGGACAAUACAAUUCCAGAUCACAACUUCCUUUUUCCAGAAUUUGAAAUUGUAAUAGAAACAGAAGAUGAGAUUACACCUGAAGUUUCAGAAAAAGAAGAUGAACCGGAGAUUAUAGGGAGCAUGGGUGAAGCACCUGCAGAAGAAUUGGAAUCCAUGGCAAAACAUGAAUCCAGGGAAGAUAAGAUUUUCCAGGAGUUUAAAAAUAAAAUAGCCCUGGAACCAGAACAGAUCCUCAGGUAUGGCAGAGGGCUUGCCCCCAUCUGGAUCUCUGGUGAAAACGUCCCCCAAGAGGAGGACAUUCCAGACUGCCCCUGUGGAGCCAAGAGAAUAUUUGAAUUCCAGGUCAUGCCUCAGCUGCUCAACUACCUAAAGGCCGACAGGCUGGGCAAGAGUGUUGAUUGGGGUGUCCUGGCCGUCUACACCUGUGCUGAGAGCUGCAGCCUGGGCACUGGCUACACAGAAGAAUUUGUUUGGAAGCAAGAUGUAACAGAUACACCUUAAAGAGAACCUCAAAUAGCCUUAAAAGUGCUCAUAACCUCUUAGACCUUGCAAUUCCAUUUUUAGGAUGUUAUCCUAACGGAAUAAUUGUACCAGAGAGAGGGGCACAAAGAUGUUUUAGGCCUUAUUUACAAUCUAUAACAAAAGUGUAAUAUGCUAAUUAGACUGACCAGACAGCUGAACUACCUUCCAGAUGUCCUUCUGGACGAAGCCAUGGGGGCUGAGGCAGUUCGGGGCUAUCAGGCAAGCAGGCAGACAGGCUAACAUUUAGGAGCCAGCGGUCCUGGAUUGGGAGAGGGAUGUCCAACUGCUGGUUUAGGCCUGAUCCUGCGGGGUUGGGCCUAAACUGGCAGUUGGACAUCCCCCGAAGGGUCCCAGAUUGCGAGAGGGUGCAGGCGGGGCUGAGAGACCACCCUCCCCCCCCCCCCCCGCCCCCCGCACAAAUUUCAUGCACUGGGCCUCUAGUGUCUAAAUAUUAGUGAAACAAAAUGCCCAGUAACAGGGAAUUACAUAUAUUUUGGUGUAUCUAUGCAGUUUUUGAUGCAGACCUGUAUGCACAUGCAGUACAGUACAGAUCUGAACACACACCAAGAUACCAUUACAGGUGGUAUUCCUAGUAUGAUCGCAUAUUUUUUAAGUAUUUGUACAUCUGUGUCUUUAUUUUCUAAGUGUUUGAUUUCAUGUGUUUCACAUGUGUGUGGACCUGUGGUGGAAUAAAACUUAAAAAGAAAAUGGCUCUUUUGUGAAGAAUAAAAAGAGACGAUCUACAGAAGGAUCUGCAAAGUGGGCUGUGUCCUGAGCUGGCCCAACUCUUCCUUGUCACCACCUGCCAUCCCCCGUGCCCGCCCCCAACCACCGUCCGCUCUUUCUCAUGUACAAAUACAUCACACACCUCAGUAGCCUCUAGAAAUGUCAAAACAUUUUAUGGCUCCUGCAGAGGACGUCCAUCACUGCUGCCAAUCCAGACUCUGCCCCACCAGACAGCCCAUGUGGGGGAGCAGCCCACUGGCUCUGGCCUUACCAAUUCAGAAAGCACAGCAAAAAAUAUACUGUAACGCUUCCAAUAAUCGUUUGUGGUAGUGUGUAAGACUGUUGUGUGUAUAAUAAUGUGAAAUGACUGACUGGGAUAUUUUAACUCAUCCCAUGUGUUUUUAAAUGUUAAGAAUUUUCAGUGUAGAGGAUAAUAAACCAAUGAAUAUGAGAAGGGAAAUGAUUAGAAUUUCAUCAUCUGCAACCCCCUAACAAAUAAUGAGGAGAGAGACAACCACAUACUUGAUUCCUAACAGAAGAACACGCUCUCAGCCUUAAUGAAAGGGUCAAGCAUCUGGAUGCAGCCCCACGUGCAGGAGCUGAGACGGGACACGGAACCACACCACGAAUUAGCAAACGGCCCAACACAUGGAGGAUCCACCAGCCAAAUGGCCUGAAAUGUUAAGGAAAAGAGGUGGAGAGAAGACUUGAGGAAUAAAGCAGAUGUGCUGGGACAGGGUUAGGGGGAGUCACUGGCAACA